GACCUCUGUAAAUAUACCCCGCCGACAUCGACCCGAUUCCGUUUGGAUGAUUAGGUAUCACGAGGAAAGCCGACGACCAUUGUGACCGCCAACUCCUUGUCCUCUCAAGCCCGAUAACUCUACUCUUGCCAAUCGCCGUGAAACGGAAAUCACUACUUUCGCCAUCAUGUGCAAGCACAUUCUCAACGCGCAAGUCUCGGUCCGGUCGCCAUGCUGCAAGAAAUGGUUCGACUGCGUUGAGUGCCACACCGAACAGGAGUCCCACCCGCUCGCCGAGAACUACGAGAUGAUUUUCGCCUGCAAGAAGUGCAGGAAGUGUUUCCGCAAAAACGCCACGGAGUUCGAGGAGGCUGACGAAUACUGCCCCCAUUGCGAUAACCACUUCAUCAUCGAGGCCAAGACCCCCAGGGCAGCACUAUCCAUCGAGAGCGAGGACGUCCGAAUGGACAGCAAGAUGCUAAAGGACGAGAGGGCGAAGCAGCAAGCGUUAAAGACCAUUUUCGACCCAUCUGAGGAUGCUGACAAGCUGGGCUGA